AUGAGUGACAUCUUGAGUAUCACAGGAGAACCGGUCUUCGACGAUCGCAUCGUCAAGAUCGAAACUCACACAUACAAUCCUUACGCUAAUACUACAUUUGGAAAUAGCGACGAGAUACGAAUUCCUAUACAACAACAAGAUCUGUACACGUUACCUUGCGAGAGUUUCCUCUAUAUCGAGGGCAGACUCGAGUCGAAGAAACCAUCGAGCGCGGAAAGCGCAGAGGGCGAAAGCUCGACGAGACUGGUGAACAAUUGCGCGGCGUUUAUGUUCGAGGAGAUUCGCUACGAGCUCGAUGGAGUGGAGAUCGAUCGAAGCAGAAACGUAGGAAUAACGAGCACGAUUAAGAAUUACGCGUCGCUGACGGUCGAGAGAAGCAAUAUAUUGCAAAACGCCGGAUGGGACUUUGCGUCGAAGAGUAAAUUAGUCGAUGAUUUUAACUUUUGCGUACCUCUCAGCGUGUUACUAGGUUUCUGCGAGGAUUACAAGCGCGUCGUGAUUAACGCGCGACAUGAACUCAUCUUGAUACGAGCGCGCAACGAUAACAAUUGCCUGGUAUCACGCGAAUCGUACGAACCUAAGAUCAUUCUAUUGAAGAUACAAUGGCGAAUGCCUCAUGUAGUGUUAAAUGAUAUUAAUAAAUUGGCGCUAUUACGCACAUUGGAUAGCGGAAGAUAUCUGAGUAUCGCUUUUCGUUCAUGGGAUCUAUACGAGUUUCCGCUUUUGCAGAGCACGACUAAACAUUCGUGGGCGGUCAAAGCGGCGACACAGCUCGAGAAACCGCGAUACGUUAUCUUCGCGCUGCAAUCCGGAAGGAAGAACGUUCUACUUCAGGAUCCUUCUAUGUUCGACGAUUGUAAACUAACCAAUGUCAAACUUUAUCUUAAUUCAGAUUUUUAUCCCUAUGACGAUAUGAAUCUGAAUUUCGAAAAAAAUAAAAUCGCGGUACUGUAUGACAUGUAUUCGAAAUUUCGAAAAACGUACUACGGAUGCGACAAAGACGAAGCGCUUUUUAAUUUGGCUAAAUUUAAAACGCUCGGUCCAAUAGUAGUUAUCGAUUGUUCUCGACAGAACGAAUCAAUCAAAAGCGCCACCGUGGACGUUCGUAUAGAGUUCGAUUGCAAAGAGAACGUUCCCUCUAACACUACAGCUUAUUGUCUCAUUAUUCACGAUCGAGUAGUAGAAUAUAAUCCGCUUACUAAUGUCGUGCGCAGAAUCGUGUAG